UACAAUGCGCAGUGUUAGAUUACCACCUCGUCGACAACCGAGCAUCGCGUUGUUAGCGCUCGGAGAACUUGCUUCCACAGUUGUUCUCUUUAAUUCACACGUUGAAACACUCGACGCAAGUGCGGCAAAGACCCGUGGAUCUUAUCGCUCGCCAUGGAGAACAUACGCGCGGCAAAUCGGGUCGAUGCGAUGCGCAUCGACAGCGACAAGAUUACCACCAGUUUCGUCAAGGAUGCACCGAAGAUCACGAGAUACUCGUUGGCCGAUUCGUUGGCUGACGGGUCGAACGGCGGUAUGGAUUAUCACAUCGAGAUAAUUAAUAAGGAUGACAAACUGAAAGUGCUCAAGUUCCUGAGGAGGUUCUUCUUCAGAGAUGAACCGCUCAAUCAUUGCAUCCAAUUGAUUCCAGAGGGUGAGGACAGUACUUGCGUGGAGUUGGAGGACUACUGCAGCUACUCCUCGCUCGGGAACAACCUGAGUCUGAAGGCAGUUUCCGCGAGCGGUGCAAUUGUUGGACUUGAGCUCAAUGGCAAAAUGGAGCCUCCGUCGAACGAAGAACCAGAAUACAUACGUUCGUGUAAAAACGCGAAAUUUAAAAAGAUACUGAGAUUAUUGCACCACAUUGACAAGGGUGUAAACAUGGGUGGGCAAUUUCGGAAUUGCAACGUUAUGGAGAUCAAAAUACUUUCGGUGGAUACAAGUUGGAGGGGAAAAGGUAUCGCGAAGACUCUCAUGGAAAAGUCGAUAGAAAUCGCAAAGGAGCAAGGAUUUCAUUACGCCAGGGCAGAUUGCACGUCCUUUUUCUCCGGUAAGGUGUGCGCGCGACUUGGUUUCGAAGCGAUAUACAAUCUUAAUUACAACGACUACGUGGAUGAGGACGGGAAGCCAAUCUUCUCGCCCGCGUCCCCUCAUACGGCUGCUAUUACAUAUGUAAAAAAAUUAUGAGGCUAAAGUUGAAGAGAGAGGUACGUCUGAAACGAUCGAAAGUUUGAUGAAGAGUGAAAAGAGAAUAGAGCACGCGCGUAAUAUUAAGAAAAAAGAUGCAGCGGCAUUGUAAAAAUAAUAGUAAAGGAAAUAUAUUUUAUAAUUUACUGUAUAUAUGUGCAAUAUGUGUCUAAAACUUGCAUAUCAUUAUAUAGGUGUGAUGCUAAACUAUUGUAAAUAAAGUAACUAUUUCGAGAAACGAUUAGAUUCAAGGUAGCUUACACAACGUGCACAAAAAUCUGUAUUAGCGUGAAUGUAUAUCGCCGACAUGUAUGUGUAUAUAAUGUACGUUAAAGUACAAAAAAUGUAAUUCACUUUUUUUUCUAAGUAGUAUCGAAAUACCUUGUAAAAUAUGCACGAAAUAUAUUGUCGUAAAAAUCA